AAAGUGGAUACUGUUUCCGUUAUUUAGAUUGACUUCCGGCUAGCUUGUUUUGUUUUCGACUUCGCAGAGUUGACAACCUUUUUUAACAAUAGUGUAUUGAUCGUUUUGUGUUAGUUGUAUUAUCAUUUUAUCGUUGAGGAGGUUAUAAUGUCAGGAGGAACUCGCCUAGAGAACGCCAAUCCUCUGAUAUUUCAGCGCUCGGGGGAAAGACUCGUGACUGCCGCCGAUGAGGAUGAAGAUGUAGCGGAUCCCAUCGAUGACAGAGAGAUCUUCGAUCUGAUCAGAUCGAUCAAUGACCCUGAGCACCCACUGUCCCUAGAAGAGCUGAAUGUCGUGGAACAAGUGCGUGUCAAUGUGAAUGAUCCGGAGAGCGUGGUGUCUGUGGAGUUCACUCCGACCAUCCCACACUGCAGUAUGGCCACACUCAUUGGCCUGUCCAUCAAAGUCAAGCUUCUGCGCUCCCUUCCGGACAGAUUUAAGAUUGAUGUUCACAUCACUCCUGGCACACAUGCCUCAGAGGAUGCAGUCAAUAAGCAGCUUGCAGACAAAGAGCGAGUGGCAGCAGCUCUGGAGAACUCUCAGCUGCUGGAGGUGGUCAACCAGUGUCUGUUCACCAGAACCAUGUGAUCACGAGAAUCCUGCCGCUGUUGUGUACACCUUUGACAGUCAGGAGUGAACUCUUACAGGCAAGCCAGAGUUGAGUGAUAAUAAGAUUUUUAUAUAUAUAGUGUUGGACUCCACAAACAACACCAGGGCAGGAGGACUUUUUGCUUAAAAAGUGAGCGACGCUUCCAAGUUGAGUUUAAAAAUGUGUCAGGAAAAGAACAUCCAGAGAGAAUUCACGUGGAACCAUUUUUGUUUUUGUUUGUUUCUUUUCUGUUUGACAGUACGUGGAUACAUAAAGAAAUGUUGUUCUGUAAUGAUGUCAUAUUCUUAUGAAUAUGUACAAAAUGACUUUUACUUUUAGAAAGCUGUGGACUUUUCCAAGAAAUUUCUUAUUGGCCAAAAUGGAGAACGUGUGCAGCAGAAAUAAUUUCCACUGCUUUGUUUUGUAAAUCUUGUUUUUGUCAAUAAAACAAACAAAAAAAAAA